CUCUGCUACUCUAUCACUCGGCUUGGUAUUUGUGCUUCCUCUUCUCUGAGGUUUAGGGUUAGGGUUUGGUACCUGUGGCAAUGGCGGAGCAGGAGAACGGCUCGGCGGCGGCGGCGGCGGCGGCGGCGGCGGGAAUGGUGGGGGUGAAGGCGCAGGUGGUGGUGGCGGGGGCGAAGGGGGAGGAGGCGGUGCGGUUCUACAAGGCGGCGUUCGGGGCGGAGGAGCUGCGGCGCGCGACGCACCCGAAGAGGAAAGCGGAGCAGGAGCUCCCGCUCCUCAUCUUCGCCGAGCUCAGUAUCGGCGCAUCCUCGUUCCUCGUCUCCGAUCGGAUCGACGACGACUCCGUCCCAGCCGCGGGGAUGAAGGAGGGUUCCGGAGCGGGAAUCGUGAUGCGAUUGGAGGCGGAGGAUCUGGAGGGGGCCGUGGCGAGGGCGGUGGCGGCGGGGGCGGAGCUCCAGGGGGAGAUCGCCGAGGGCGAGGCGAAGCUCCUGGACUCGUUCGGCGUCGCGUGGAUCGUCGCCGCCUCCGCCCCCAAAAACCCUAGCGUCCCCGCCGCCGCCACCGCCACAGCGUAGGUAUCACCAUUACUCUUCUCUACAUGAGUAUUAACUCCUCCUACUUAUUUACUUAGUCGCUAAGUAGUUAGUAGUUGAUUUAGCUUAAACACUUAACUAUGUUUUGUUGUGGUUUUCACUCUUGUUCGAAAGAGGACACUGGUAUUAUCACGUAGUGUAGUAGUACUUGUGUUAGUGGGGAUUCUCUCUUUUGCUCUAUUGCAUGCUUUGUUAUAUGCUUUUUGGCUCUUCU